AUUCGCAAGUGAGCCUUAGUAUUGAACUCGAUCAUAAAAUAUAUUCAGAACACCACAUAAAUCUGAUUCGAACAUUUCUAACAACCAUUAUGACAUCUCAUAUAGGUCUUAAGGGAGCUUGCCAGGCUUGUCUCUUGUUGCUACUUUUAUCGUUAUCAGCGGUAACGAAAACAGUAUCAGCUCAAACUGCAGUUCCUGAUUGCUCCGGGCAUGGAGAAUUGUCACCACAGGGGAGUUGUAUAUGUGAGGUAGGCUAUACAAAUACAAAUGACACCCUCGGGUGUAUAGAGACUAAUGCGAUAGAAACAAUAGACGAUGUUAGCCUGGGCAAUGACUCACAGACAGUAGAUAGUAUUAGUGUGGGCAAUGCCACAGAGACCACAGACGUCAAUGUAAUUGAGACUACAGACGAUCAUGACCAUGAAGAUGAAGAGUCUAGUGUGGGCGAUGUGGAAGAGUCAGCUGAUGACCAUGACGAUCAUGACCAUGCCGAGGACGAAGACGAGGAUCACGAUGAGUGCAAUAGCUAUGGACACGUGCAUGAUGGUGUGUGUGAGUGCUCAGCAGGGUAUUCUUCUGUCAACAGCAACGGGACUGCUUGUGAAUUGAGCCUGGAGCCGGAGUAUUUCAUGAAUACUUUGAUGGAUGAGUACUUCAACACUACAACGGAACGCAUCUACAUCGAGGGCAUGGAUAAACUUAUAGCUAGUCUAGUAAGCGCCACCACCGCGGCUGUCAGCGACGAACCGUGCAGUGAGAAUGGGCACUUGGAUGGUACUGUAUGUCACUGCGAUAGCGGUUACACACUCAGUGCAGACGGUCAGCAGUGUUUGAGCAGCACUACCAACGUGGAGGUCGACGACGAACCGGCAGUCGUCGACGAACCGUGCAGUGAGAAUGGGCACUUGGAUGGUACUGUGUGUCACUGCGAUAGCGGUUACACACUCAGUGCAGACGGUCAGCAGUGUUUGAGCAGCACUACCAACGUGGAGGUCGAAGACGAACCGGCAGUCGUCGACGAGGAGUGUAGUGGGAAUGGGCACUUGCACGGUACUGAAUGUCACUGCGAUACCGGAUACACACUUAGUGCCGAUGGUCUGCAAUGUACUGCGGCGAGAAGGAGGAGACAAACUACCGAUGAAGUAGCAUCUCCUUGUCUAGAUAGUGUGUCUUUGUUUGAAUUAUACAAUAUAGACCCCAUCGAUGGCGCCACAGCGGCCCAGUUUGCCGCCAACUUCAGUCCAGCGAUUGUGCAAAUGAUCGACAGCGGUGCGUGUGUCAUUGCCGUAGAGGCUGGCGCCAGCACAGUAGUCACCGAUGAUACACCCAGCACGGGCCAGGCCUACCUCUAUGCCAUGUGCGCUGUCUUAAUCAUAAGUUUGACCUCAUUGGGCGGUGUUUUGGUCAUCCCCCUCCUUCUGAGAGCUCCCAAGGCCGCGAAGUGGGUGUUGAUGUUUCUAGUUGCCCUAGCAGUUGGCGUGUUAAUCGGUGAUUCCGUCAUGCAUUUGCUACCCAUUGCUUUGGGUGUACACUUUCACUCGGAUGAUGGCAGUCUCGUAGUUCUCACCGGUAACGAAAUGAUCUACCGCACCAUGACUGUAUGUGGUGGUAUGUUCUUCUUUGUCUUGAUCGAGGCCGCUAUGGAUGCCGCUGGGUUGGGACACGGACACAGUCACAAUGUGGCCCCCGAAGAUAUCAUCGACUUGGGCCAUAUGCACGAAGAAGAUUCAACUACGGAAUCCGAAGCGUCGUGUGGCCACACGCACCAACACGGAGUCGACGGGCGGGUUGACAAUGAUUCGGAUAGCAAUGAUGAGACCAAGAUUUCAGAUGCGAACGACGAUACCCUACAUGAAACGACUGACAAGCUCGCAGGACGAGGAGAUUCUAGAUUCGACACGGUUACCAUAGGCAAGGGCGAUGAGGAGAGUGAUGGGGAGAAAGGAGAUAAAGUCACGUUCAAGUCUAAGGGAAAGAGCUACCCGAAGUUCACAGGCUGGGGUAAUGUGGACAAUGUUACGUGGUACAUUACAGUUGGCGACGGCAUUCACAACUUUGUUGACGGUGUGUCGGUGGGUGCGAGUUUUGCUGUUAGUACUUCAACGGGUAUUUCUACCGCUAUCGCAGUUUUCUUGCACGAAUUGCCUCAGGAAUUCGGAGACUUUGGAAUCUAUUUGGCAUCUGGAACGGGUCUCAAGCGUGCACUUGCCUUGAACAUGGGCAGUGGUUUAACUGGUUUGUUGGGCGUGGUGCUGGGUAUCCAGGCCGGCCAGAAUUGGACUCCAUGGAUUCUGGCAUUCACAGCGGGUAUGUUCAUUUACAUUGCGCUGGUGAGUAUGUAUCCACAACUGAAGGAUUCUUUAAGGGCCAAGAAUUCGCCCAAUCUUUCCAAUCUGGUGCAGAUGACAGCCAUGUUGAUCGGUUGGGCUAUCAUGGUGGCUAUUGCCUUCGACGAAUCACACUAAAAUACACUUGCCCGUGCGUGCGCACGAAGUUAAUUUCAAUGUCCUCGUGUGUUGACGAAUGGUCGUGACUACCUAAUGAUUAGAUACAAGCAACAAACGAUUUAGAGCGAGCUUGGAAUAAGAUACUCAUUCAGCGUAUAUAAUAAUUUAGUUGAUAUACAUAUGCAAACUUUUAGAUGCACAUAUUUUACAUCUGAAUAAAAAAAUUUAGCUAGA